GUUGUCAGCAGUGUCUUCAUCCAACACGCGCGACUGUCCGCACGCUUCGGUUUGUCGUGUCUUGUAUUGUUUCUCAAAAGUUUAAAUUUGACUGGCAAAAUGAUAUCUGCUACCAAAUUUUAAGCCUAGGCAGAUCGCAGUUAUCUCAGCUAGGGGCUAGUGACUACACAGACAAGUUCCUAGCCUACACACGUGUGUAGGUACUGUAGCAGGCCACUCGUUGAUGAUUGAUAGGCCGAUUCAGGCAUCAGAGUACCCGUGUUGAGGUUCUUUACUUCCUCAGUUAAUUGACAUUUGACUAGCCUAGGCCUAGGAUUGUAAUCGAUUUUGAGGCCUAGGCCUAGUUUAUAGAAAAGAUGGGAAAGAAAUCAAAGGUUGGAAAACAACGGAAAGAUAGAUACUACCAUCUCGCAAAAGAAACUGGUUAUCGUUCCCGUUCUGCUUUCAAGUUGAUUCAACUAAAUAGGAAGUUUCAAUUUCUUCAGAAAUCGCGUGUUCUUGUUGAUCUGUGUGCAGCACCGGGAGGAUGGCUUCAAGUAGCAGCCAAGCACAUGCCAAUAUCAAGUCAGAUUAUUGGUGUUGAUCUGUUUCCUAUCAAAGCAAUCCCAAAUGUUGUGACAUUCACUGCUGACAUCACCACUGAAAAAUGUAGACAGCUAUUGAAAAAAGAAUUAAAAACCUGGAAGGCAGAUUGCAUAAUUCACGAUGGUGCCCCAAAUGUUGGCAAGAACUGGCUACAUGAUGCUUUCUCACAAGCCCAGUUGACGCUAUCCUCCCUCAAGUUGUCUGUAGAGUUUCUAAACAAGGGCGGAUGGUUUGUUACCAAGGUGUUUAGAUCCAAGGACUACCAGGCAUUGCUGUGGGUACUGUACCAAUUGUUCAGGAAGGUUCACGCCACCAAACCACAAGCCUCCAGAAAUGAAUCAGCUGAGAUAUUUGUUGUGUGCCAAGGCUUCACAGCACCAGAUAAAAUAGAUCAGAAGUUCUUUGAUCCCAAGUAUAUAUUCAAAGAUGUGAAUCCAGACCCUAAGAAGAAGCUGACGAUUCUGAUGGAUCCGGCUAAGCUGAAGAAAGCCAAGGCUGUAGGCUAUGCUGAUGGCGAUUACACUCAACAUAAAGCUGUUAUGAUAUCUGACUUUCUCAGCACCAACGAACCAAUUGAGAUGCUGAAUGAUUGCAAUGAGCUUGUAUUUGACAGUGACCAGCUUCUAAAGCACAGACUCACAACAGAGGAGAUAAUGCAGUGCUGUCGUGAUAUAUGUGUCUUGGGUAGACGGGAGGUGCGUGAAUUAUUGCAGUGGCGUAGCAAACUGCGAAAGCUACUGGCCAAGUGUGAGGACACUCAAGAAAGGAGUAAAAAGGAAGAUGGCGAUUCAGAGCAGGAGGACAAAGAUGAUGGAUCUAGUGAUGAGGAGGCACAGAUAAAUGAAGAACUUGUAAAACUGAAAGCUGCAGAGAAAGCUGAAGCCAAAAGAAAGAGAAAGGACACUAUUAAGAAAAGGCGGAAGUUGCGGGAAAAACUUCAGAAGCUCGGAAAUGUUGGAGAUCAUCUAGAGGCAGAUGAUGUUUCCUUGUUUUCUCUCAAGAAAAUUCAUAGUAAAAAGCAACUGGAGGAGAUUGACAGAGGAGACUUGGAUACAGUUGAAGUAGAUGAGGAUGAAGAUCUUGCAGAGGUCAUUGAACUUAGCGAGGAUGAAGAGGAUAUAGACAGUGGUCUGGAUUCGGAUGAAGCAGAUCUUCUUAGACAAGAGAAGUCGAUCGAGGAGGUAGUAGUUGAAGAAGACCAAUCAGAUUAUGAAAUGGAGGAUGGUGAGGCAGCAAAUCCAUUAAUGGUAGAUCUAGAGCAAGAAGAUAAAUCAUCAAGGUUAGAGAGGCAAACUAAUUUGUGGUUUGAUAAGGAAAUAUUUUCCGGUUUAGAAAAUGAUGAAGAUGAAGAUUAUGAGAUUUCGCAAAUGACGGAACACUACAAAAAGGAAGGUGGUUCCAUAUUAGAAAGGAAAAAGAGACAAUCGAAGAAACACAAAAUAACUAAAGAUGAAGAGAGUUACUCAUCGGAGGAAGAACAGGAGGAUGAUAGUGAUGGCGAAGAUGACAAGAUUCAAAAGAAAAAUGGUCCUGUGAUUUCUGGAGAGAUAAGUGGUGACAGUGAUAGUGAUUAUGACGAUGAAGUGCUUGUCAACAGCAAAGAGGAAAAAUCAACCAAAAAAGCAAAGAAGCGAAAAUCAUUUGAAGUGGUUCCGGCUGAAGGUCCAGUUCCACGACAACUAGAUCCCCAAAGCUUGGCACUUGGAACACUGAUGGCAACGUCAAAGAAGAAGAAAAGGGAGAUUAUCGAAGGUGGAUUCCACAGGUAUACAUUCAAUGAUGAAGGCCUUCCUGAAUGGUUUGUAGAAGAUGAGGCAAAGCAUUACAAGAAACACCUACCAGUUACCAAGGAAUUGGUGGAGGAGUACAAGGCCAGGCUAAAAGAAAUUAAUGCACGUCCCAUCAAAAAGGUUGCAGAGGCAAAAGCAAGAAAGAAAAAGAAGGCAAUGAUGAAAAUGGAAAAACUAAAGAAGAAAGCUGAAGCAAUAACUGAUACUGUUGAUACCUCUGCUAAGGAAAAAAUGAACCAAAUAAAGAGUUUGUACAAGAAAGCUGGUAUGGGAAAGAAGAAGAAAACUGAAGUGAAAUAUGUAAGGGCACGUAAAAGUCUAGCAGGGAAGAAGGCAGUCCGUCCCAAAGGAAUCAAAGGGCCAUACAAGAUGGUCGACCCAAGGAUGAAAAAGGAAGUCAGAGCCAAACAAAGAUCAGAGCAAAGGAAAAAGAAAGGCGGAGGAAGGAAAAGGUGACUUUAGCUCCAGUCAUGUGUGAGUCAAUCAAGCAAGAAAAGAAAUGAAUAGCCACAUUACAUGACAAAGUAGAAUUCCACGGCUGUUGUUUAGCAUUGAAAGAGACUUACCUUUAUGUAAAUUUCAUAAUGUUAUUAUGAAAUUAGUUUAACAUGAAUAAUAUACAUGAAUGUAAAAGAA